AUGGAAAAGUUUACUGGGGAAGAUAUUAGUGCUUGGUGUCAAAGGAGAAAAAAAGAUCCCAAGAAAUGUUUAAGUGUGGGAGGGAAUUUUUCGGAAUUCUCUGAUGAAGAGAUAGUGGAAAGGUUAGCCAGGUUAUAUGGAAUAAUUAGGCCAAGGGUUGUAGAUAAAUGGAUGGGAGGAUUGGGAAGAGUAAUAGCAGUACUGAUAGAAACAGAAAAUGAGUUGGAAACUGAUGUAAUACCAUUGAUAGUGGUAGCAAAUGAAGAGACGGGUAGGAGGUGGAAUGUGAUGUGGCCUAACAUAUGGGGGGAUGAAGAAGAAGCUACUAGUGCACAUAUAUCAGUGCCCUCUCUAGACAACCCUAAUAGAGGUGAGAGGAAUAUUGGUGGUGAAGGGGGUGACGCUCAGGAUACUGGUGCAAAUGCCACAGGUGGACAGUUUGAGAUCAUAAUGGAUAGAGUGGUCACUCAGUUAGAAAGGUGGCAUUAUGAAGGGAGUUAUAGGCGGUUACGGAUUUUUUCUGGAAUUUUACCUGUACCAACAGGAGAGGAGACAUAUGAGGCCUGGAAAGAAGCGGCGGUACAGCAAGUAGAAGAAUGGCAGUGUCCAGAUAAAAUCAAGAGACAGAGGGUAGUAGAAAGCUUGAGAGGGCCGGCUAUGGGAAUUAUACAAGCUGCUAGACGUAGUGAUCCUAAUGCUACUUUAGAUACAUUCUUUGAGGCAUUAGAUUAUGCAUAUGGCACCCUUGAGGACGUGGGAGAUCUCACCUCUAGGUUACACCACACGUUCCAGGAACCGACGGAAAAGCUGAGUGCAUUCUUGAUCAGGUUAGACAAGCUACUAUAUAAGAUAGUGGAUAAAGGAGGUAUAGUAAGGGAUGAUGUGGACAGAAGUCGGAUGAAACAGUUACUGCGGGGUGCUUUGACCACUGACCCAGUAGCUCAGAAAUUAAGAUGUUCAGGAGUUAAAGAACCCUUUCCUACCUUUAAUGAACUAUUAAAAGAAGUCAAACAAGAAGAGGUAUUAAUAGAAAUGAGAGAGAAAACGGUAAAGAAGGUCAAGGUAAUACAACCGGUAGUGGAAAGCAAUGCAUUUGAAGAGAAGAUAUUAAAGUUGAUGGACGAACAAAGUAAGAAAAUUGACAAAUUCAUUGCAACACAGGCUGUGAAUACUUCUCCACAAAUAUCCGACAGUAGCCCCGUAAGAGGAUUAGGUAGAGGGAGUAACAACUUUAAUAGAGGAUGUUUUAGAUGUGGGAGAACCGGACAUCGGGCUUUUGAAUGCAACUUGAAUAGAAAUUGGAAUCGAAAUACUGACAAUGCUUCAGGUGGUAACCAGAAUACGGAAAGUUCGGGGUCGGGAAACGGACGGGGGCGGUCUGUGGGCCCCUCACAGGCCCCCUAG